UACAAAUGUGAUGCUGCAGUUUGCUCGUCUUCUUCAGCUGGCAAUAGUUUCAUCCAAAUUUACCAGGGCUGGUACGCAAUGGAAAUGUUUUCUGCGUGUGUGUGAAGCAAAAUGCACUGAUAUGCAUGCGUGUGUAUGACUAGGAGGUUUAUUCCAUUAUAUUUUAUUUUAAUCUAUUUUCUUAUACAGGAGUUUCUAUCAAUAAAAGUAUCCUCGACUACCGGUUUUUUUUUUUUUUUUUUGUGUUUGUUCCUUUAUUGACUGCCUUAUUGUUUCUAUAGAAGACCAAUUCCCUGACAUCUUCUGCUAUUGCUGCUCGUUCUAUACAUCAGCAAUAGCUAUUGACCAUGAAACCAUCCUUUCCCAGUUUAUUUUGAAAAGAAUAUGCUUCUUGCUGCUCAUCAUCAGCCAUCCUCUUCCUGAUUCCUUUAUAUCAUCAUCAUCACCGCUCUCUUCAUACCCACGCCUUGUCACGAUAUCAAAAUCCUCAUCCUACCAUUGGCAACACUGAUACAAACCAAUCCACCAUCAUGGACUCGCCCUUCAAUCUCGCCCCUCGCGGCACUUCCAGCAUCUUCAUGCCCGGUCUGGCCCCAACCACCUUCACCAACCCAUCCCCCACGGCCAACCUCAUCUGCCGCGUCGUCCUCGCCCUCCUCGGCAACCUCGUCUGCCUCGUGCCCCUGCGGCUCCUCUACCGCAACGGCGAGCUGGCCGCCGCCAUGCUCAUCCUCGUGGUGGAGCUGCAAAACGUUGACAGCGUACUCAACGCCCUCAUCUGGCACAACGACGACGUGGCAUCCUGGUGGCCGGGCUACGGCUUCUGCGACGUCGACACCCACAUACACAAUCUCGCCAUCGGCCUCUUCAACACCUGCCUCCUGGCCAGCAUGCGCAACCUGGCCAUGCAGAUCCAGAACAUGAGAGCCAACCCCCUCACCAAGACGGAGAAGACGCGGCGCAACAUUGUCCAGGCGCUCAUCAUCUUCCCGCUGCCGCUUCUGCAGGCCGCGUGGACAUAUCCUCUCUCCCAGCAGCGAUAUUAUAUCGGCACGUUGAGCGGAUGCUCCUGGGCCCCUGCCCAUUCGUGGCCGUAUGCAGCCUUUGACAUCUUGCUGCCGGCACUCAUGCCGCUCCUCACUGCCGGCUAUGCUAUUUUCGUAUACAUACGAUACCGCCAAAUCUCCAAAUCCACCGCGUCCGCCCUCUCCAACAGCCCCCUCGCCCAGGCCCGCAGCCAACGAGCCCGCCGCCGCCUCUAUCUCAUGGUCGUCACCAUCCUCGUGCCGUACCUCCCCAUCGUGCUGGCGCUCGCCAUUGUCAACAUGCAGGUGGCUGGAGGUUUCAAGCCCUACGACUUCGACGCCAUCCACAACCAUGGCGAGAUACCCUGGGACGCAAUUGUAUACUUGACAAGCAGCCAGGUGCACUGGGCAUACAUAAACAUGUGCUACCUGCCCAUCGCAGCGACCGUGCCGAUAUUCAUCUUCUUCGGCAUGACCAAGGAUGCCAUGAACUGCUACCGCGUGGUUCUGCUCUUCUUUGGGCUUGGAAAAGUGUUCCCGCGACUACACGACGAGUACGACCCAGAUGCUCGGGUGCUGGCCUCCAUGUCUCACGGUAGCCACUCAACGUCUACAAGGUAA